AUGGCAGGUUUCAGCUCGAUUUCACUGAAACUCAAGGAAAUAGCCGACAGCACGGAUCCCUUCUCAAAGGGCAUUAUUUUUAGCGUGAUGCCUCCAAAGAAGAGUUGGAAGAAUAUUUCAAAUCUCUCUGGGGGCGAAAAGGUGCAUUCUGCUUUGAGGUUUAGGGAACACAUACUAAUCCCCACACCACUUUAUUUCAUGGAUGAAAUAGAUGCGGCCCUAGACUUCAGGAAUGUCUCGAUUGUGGCGAAUUAUAUCAAGGACCGUACCAAGAAUGCGCAAUUCAUUAUUAUAUCUUUGAGGAAUGACAUGUUUGAGCUCAGUCACCGUCUCAUUGGUAUCUACAAGACUGCAAAUACAACACAGAGUCAGUGA